AUCCAUCCUCAGUCCUUUCCCUUUUAUGCUAUUCACCCACUUCCACCCUUCCGACAAUACUGUCCUUGCUUGUUAAUAUUUUAUCAUCUUGGUACUAUUCUUCCUCCCAAGCUUUCCACCCUUUCUUUGUUCCUUUCAUCCAAACAACACUUUCCUUUCCUGUGACCCAUCCUGUCCCGCGGUCCUUAGCACGUUUUUAAGUCAGGCGUGACUCUGGACGCCUCUUGUAUUUGAUUGGUGUUUCUUCAGGAAGCGCAACCACGGCCAGUUAUGUGAUUGGUCACUCUCGUCUUCGGUCACCCCAAAUGUGCUGUCCUCUCUCCCCGCCUGUUGUAAAUUAAUACAGGCCGUCUCAGCACUUCGAAAGAGGAAACAGAACAGUUCAUCGGGAGCUAUCGUUAACUCUGUCGCCUGUUUGAGUUAUAUUCGACAUUUACGGACACUCGAAGCCCACCGUAUGCUCUAGUUUUUAUAGGUUUCGCGAUGGACUCGAGUUGGCAACGAGCACAUCUUACGGAGAGCUAACGAGAAGCUAAGUGUCAGCUGUGCUCGGUCGGUCCGCGAUUGGUGCGUUAUUUUCCGGUGGGCGGGACUCAAUAAUACUUUUUCUAUGUCUUCGUUUGGUGACAACAUGCUGGAAAUGACAGGAUAUGAUAUCAAGAAAUGAUGAUGUCGCUGGAUAAGUUGAAAAAGGUCACCGUGGGUCGUGGGCCCCGGGCCCCGGCGAACGGCAGGGGCCAGAGCGCCCUGGCGGCGCCCGCUCAGCGCAUCCCCUGGAAGCGCUACUCGGUGGGCGCCGCCUUCAAGGGGCUGAGCAAGCGCCGUCGCCGCGUCCACAGCGACGGUCAAGUGGAGUCGGCGCUGCCCACUCACUUCCUGUUGGGUGGGAACAUUUUCGACCCGCUCAACCUCAACUCGUUGUUGGACGAAGAUGUCAACAGGGCAACGAACCAGAUGACGCCGAAGAGUUCGCCCCUGCCGUCCCGCAGCGGGGACCCCGUCGACAUUCUGGUCCCCCGAGACAUCACGGACCCUUUGAACCUCAAGGGAGAGGGAAGGUGUGGCGGUGAGGCGGCGGGGGUCCUGCUGUCCCCCCUCAAGUCCAGGAGGAGACACCGGAACCACCACGGCGGUGACAAGCAGGCGGCAGCCCGCCCCAUCUUUCUCUCCACAGACGGAUUGACUGUUCCGGUUUUGUCCAGAGAGGACAGCGCGGCGGCGUCCCCGCUCCCUUGCGAGCUCAACACCGCCAUCACCUGUCGCGAGGACGUCGCCCCGUCCCCGAUCCUUCCCAGGAGACACUCGUGCCCGGCGCCCGGCGCCACGCGCAAGUCCGCCGACCGGCGUCAGAGGAGUCGACGGCGCACCGCUUCCGCAGUGCCGGCGCACGUCGUCGUCGUCGCCGAGGUGACGGAAGCGGCCCGCUUCCGCACGCCGCUGGCGGGAGGGGCGGGACUCGACAGGCGCACACGCAAGCCCCCGGAGAAGAAGGGCAGACGCCGCUACGAGUACGGCAACUGUUGCCGGUACUACGGCUACCACGGUUUCUAUGGCAACGGUUGGGAGGGGCGCGUCGGGCCGGCAGAGGACGCGCGCCUCCGCUUGCUGCGGGCCGAUUGGUUCCGAGACAAGAAGGCAUUGGACGUGGGCUGCGGCGCCGGUCACCUCACCUUGACCGUGGCCCGCGCUUUCAACCCCGUGCACAUCCUGGGGGUGGAGGUGGACGGGCGACUGGUCCGAGCCGCCGAGCAGAAUGUCCGGCACUUCCUGUCACAUGACCUGGUGGAAGAGGAGAGGAAGAGGAGGAGCGCCUCGCCAAGUGGAGAGGGAGCCAAAAAGGCGCCGACGGAGGAGGAGGAGGCCCUGCGCCUCCUGGCGUUCCCGCUGUCGCUGAGGUUGAGCCGCGGUCCUCUGGCCGCGCCUCCUCUCCUCCUGGCCGCACCGCCGCCCUCGCGCAGGUUUCCCACCAACGUCUCCUUCGUCCAGGGCGACUACGUGUCGGAGCGGGAGGCGUGGCCCGGACGGGGUCAGUACGACGUGGUCAUGUGUCUGGGCGUGACCAAGUGGGCGCAGCUGCAGGCCGGCGACGAGGGCCUCGCCCGACUCUUCAGACGAGCCUAUCGGAGCCUGUCGCCGGGCGGCUUGUUCAUCCUCGAGCCGCAGCCGUGGCGCCGCUACGGCCGCAGCAAGAAAGCCUCGGCGACCACAUACCGUCACUACAGGAGUUUACAAGUGAGACCAGAGCACUUCACCUCCUACUUGAUGGACAAUGUGGGUUUCAGCUCCUACAGACUUCUCACGGUGACGGGUGAGAAAAAGCCCAUCUACCUGUUUCGCAAGAAGUGAGCUCGAGAGCUGAUCGUCGGAGAGGACGGGAAAGAAAGGUGCGGCCGUUUUCCCCGUCGCGCAUUUUGGAGAGGUUGCCCGUGCGGCCCAACGCGUCAGCUGCUGGAUUUUGGAAGUCACGUGACCCUGCGUCCCGUUUCUGGAGCGCUUAUCCUCAUUAGUGCGGGUGGCUUUGAGCUCACCUCUGAAGAAAAACAACUAAAGUUCAGACGAGAGGACAUUUUAUAAAUACUGGAUUAAGCUCCAUAUUUUUCUGGGGGUUGUUUUAAACUUUUGAUAACAAAACAAUUGUGUGUCACUAGAAAACUUUAGAUUUUUCCAGGCUGAUAACCGAUUAAUCGUCGGAUUGGUUUGAGGGGGGGGGGGGGUAAUACAUCAAAUAACUCCCUUAUUGCCUACAACAAGAAAUGUAUGAACUACAGGGGAAAACACGACUGUAAUACAACAUUUGAACUUUAAACAGAGAAACGCGCAAAACUGCAUCGACUGAGGAAUUUGCCUUGAGGUUCAGUCCGUGAAUGUUUGUCAGCAUCUAAGCAACGGAAUGAUUUCCGGAUUUCUGGAGCCCACCUGUUGCCCUCCAACAUGAAAUCGCACCUUUUCUUUGCCCGAAGAGUGAUGACUUAAUACGAGCCGAAAUAAAAACCAGAGACGCUUU